UUAUUGGGGAAUAGAGGGCAGAAAACCCAAGCUUCUGUUACAUAGGUAACAAAAUGUAAAGGAGAAGACAGAAAGAAAACCAUUCCUGGAAACAACUUUAAUCCAUAAAUCGUCAAGCCUGCCGUGCUAUUAAAUGAAGAGGAAACACAGUGAUUUAAACACAUCCUUAAAGAAAGCCAACGAGAGAUCGUUCUUGGUUUUUGUGCUUUGUGGCAUUCAUCGAAUUCUUUUCACUUCUUUUACUGUAGAAACUGCAUUUAAGUUAGAAAAAUGAAGCAGUUGAAAAGGAAAAGGAAAAGCAAUUUCAGUGUUCAGGAAACUCAGACACUUUUGAAAGAAAUUACGAAAAGGAAAGAAGUCAUUUUUUCCAAGCAACUCAAUACAACAAUUAAUGUGAUGAAGCGAAUGGCUUGGGAGGAAAUUGCACAGUGUGUGAAUGCCGUAGGAGAAGGAGAACAGAGAACAGGGACAGAAGUGAAAAGAAGGUACCUUGACUGGCGAGCACUUAUGAAGAGGAAGAGAAUGAAGGCAAACAUUAAGCUCGUUGGUUCUGGCUUUCCCCUUCCCACAUCAGAUUUAGAUGAUUCUCUCACUGAAGAGAUAGAUGACAAGAUUGGAUUCCGAAAUGAUGCAAAUUUUGAUUGGCAAAAUGUGGCAGAGUUCAGGGAUGCAGGUGGGUCCUUAACUGAAGUUAAAGUGGAAGAGGAAGAAAGGGAUCCACAGAGUCCUGAAUUUGAGAUUGAGGAGGAAGACGAAAUGUUGUCAUCAGUCAUCCCAGAUUCCAGGAGGGAAAAUGAACUUCCUGAUUUUCCUCACAUUGAUGAGUUUUUUACCCUUAACUCAACACCAUCUAGAUCAUACGACGAGCCCCAUUUGCUUGUAAACAUAGAGAAACAGAAACUAGAGCUGGAAAAACGCCGACUGGAUAUUGAGGCUGAAAGACUGCAGGUAGAGAAGGAACGCUUACAGAUUGAGAAGGAGAGGCUACGGCAUUUAGACAUGGAGCACGAGCGACUUCAGCUGGAGAAGGAGCGGCUGCAGAUUGAAAGAGAGAAAUUGAGGUUACAGAUCGUCAGUUCAGAGAAACCGUCCUUGGAAAAUGAACUUGGUCCAGGAGAAAAGUCCAUGCUUCAACCACAGGACAUAGAAGCAGAGAAGUUAAAACUUGAGAGAGAACGCUUGCAACUGGAAAAAGAUAGGCUGCAGUUUUUGAAGUUUGAAUCAGAGAAACUGCAGAUUGAAAAAGAACGCUUACAAGUAGAGAAAGAGAGACUUAGAAUUCAGAAGGAAGGGCACUUGCAGUGAAUUUUAUAGGUCUCCAUUUAGUGAAUGUUUGUAAAUCUUAGGUUUU